AUGGCGACAAGUACAGCAAUACCAUCUAAUAUUAUUUCUACUUCCUCUUCACCCAAUAAAACAGCAAGUCUAUCAUCAUCACCACCCACAACAACAACAACCACCACUGAUGCAACAAUACCAAUGCCAACUGUUGAGCGUAUAAUGAAAACCAUUCCAUGUCCACCAAACGCACGUUUAACAGCUUAUGAUGUAUUCGAUGCACGUGGAAAACCUCGCGUUGAUGUAUUAAAGACACAUUUUAUAUCAGAAGGACGCGUAACUGAAGAUGUUGCACUUAAAAUAAUUGAAGAUGGUGCAAAAUUAUUACGACUAGAAAAAACUAUGGUCGACGUUGAAGCACCUAUAACUGUGUGCGGUGAUGUUCAUGGACAAUAUUUUGAUUUAAUGAAGUUAUUUGAAGUUGGUGGUUCGCCAGCUACAACUCGUUAUUUAUUCCUUGGAGAUUAUGUUGAUAGAGGUUAUUUUAGCAUUGAAUGCGUUCUUUAUCUAUGGUCAAUGAAAAUUCUCUAUCCAUCAACACUUUUUCUUCUUCGUGGUAAUCACGAAUGUAGACAUUUAACGGAAUAUUUUACUUUUAAAACAGAAUGUAAAAUAAAAUAUACAGAACGUGUAUACAAUGCAUGUAUGGAAGCAUUCGAUUGCUUACCACUUGCUGCUCUUAUGAAUGGUCAAUUCUUGUGUGUUCACGGUGGUCUUUCACCAGAAAUUCAUACGCUUGAAGACAUAAAAAAACUCGAUCGCUUUAAAGAACCACCACCAUAUGGACCAAUGUGCGAUUUACUAUGGUCUGAUCCCUUAGAAGAUUAUGGUACCGAACGAACAACUGAACAGUAUAGUCACAAUACAGUGCGUGGAUGUUCGUAUUUUUAUAGUUAUGCUGCGUGUUGUGAUUUUUUACAAAAUAAUCAAUUAUUAUCCGUAAUUCGUGCUCACGAAGCCCAAGAUGCAGGUUAUCGUAUGUAUAAAAAAUGUCAGAGUACCGGUUUUCCAAGUUUGAUUACAAUAUUCUCUGCUCCAAAUUAUCUCGAUGUCUACAAUAAUAAAGCUGCUAUACUCAAAUAUGAAAAUAACGUGAUGAAUAUUCGUCAAUUCAAUUGUUCACCUCAUCCUUAUUGGUUACCGAAUUUCAUGGAUGUAUUUACAUGGAGUUUACCAUUUGUUGGUGAAAAAGUUACUGAAAUGCUCGCUAAUGUUCUUAAUAUUUGUUCGGAUGAAGAAUUACAACCUGAUAAUACAGAACCUGAUGAUAUUGAUAUGACAAGUGAAGCCGCACUAGCGGCACGCAAAGAAGUGAUACGCAAUAAAGUACGAGCUGUUGGUAAAAUGGUUCGCUAUUUUGCAACAUUGAGGGAACAAAGCGAGGAUAUUCUAACAUUAAAAGGAUUAACACCAAGCGGUACACUACCAUUGGGUACACUCGAAGGUGGUAAAAUGGCUAUUGAUCAAGCAAAACAAGUAAUUGCUAAUAAAAAGAAAAUAUCAUUCGAAGAAGCCAAACGCUUAGAUAAAAGUAAUGAAAGUAUGCCACCAUGGCAACAACUUCAUCCUUCCUCGUCCGGCCUUACAUCGGGUAUUGGUUCAAGUGGUACAGCAUCGUCGACUAGUGGUUCAUCGUCACCACGGAUUGUCGGAACUUCAGCUGUGCCAUCGAUGCUCGUGUCCUCAGCAGUCUCAUCAGCACAACCAGUUAAUACGUUAGCUGAUGCAUCGUCAGGUGUGACAACAAAUUUGCUAAUGGAUUCGACAAAUACAAACUGUAAUGGUAACGAUAAAACACCCGGAAAACCUACAAAUCAGCAAUCGUCACAGCAUCGAACGAAGUGA